AUGGCUUCAGUUCUUGAUCAAAUAAAAACAUGGACAACCAUUGUUGCUGAUACGGGUGAUUUUGAGUCGAUUGCUCAAUAUAAACCCCAAGAUGCAACCACCAAUCCUUCUUUAAUUUUGGCUGCCACCAAAAAAUCUACUUAUAAUGAUUUAAUUGAUUCUGCUGUAAAAUAUGCAAAGAACAAAGAAGGAACUAUCGACGAAAAGGUUGAUUGGGCUGCUGAUAAAUUGUUGAUCAAUUUUGGCUCCAAAAUUCUUAACAUCAUUCCAGGUCGUGUUUCUACCGAAGUAGAUGCUAAACUUUCGUUCGAUACUGAGGCAACAAUCAACAAAGCUAGACAUCUUAUCAAACUUUAUGAGGAAGUUGGUAUCGAUAAGUCUCGCGUGUUGAUCAAGAUUGCUUCAACUUGGGAAGGAAUUAAAGCUGCUGAAAGACUUGAAAAAGAAGGGAUUCAUUCUUAUUCGUUUAGGGAAGUUGUAUUUAGAGAGGUCUUGACUGCCGUUGCAUGCGCAGAAGCGGGUAUAACUCUAAUUUCCCCCUUCGUUGGCCGAAUUCUUGACUGGUACAAAAAAAAUACUGGCCAAAAUUAUGAUGCCAAAAGUGACCCUGGUGUAAAAUCCGUAACUAGAAUCUAUAAAUAUUAUAAACAACAUGGAUAUAAAACUAUUGUAAUGGGCGCAAGUUUUCGCAAUACUGGUGAGAUUGAAGAAUUAUCCGGCUGUGAUUUCUUAACUAUCAGUCCCGCGUUGUUGAAUGAAUUGCAAAACGAUCAUAAAAAGAUUGAAAGAAAGUUGUGCCUUGCCCCGAAUGAUAAUGAACCAAAGGUUACUUAUGACGAAAGAUCAUUUAGGUGGGACCUCAACGAAGACGCAAUGGCCACUGAAAAACUUUCUGAAGGGAUUAGAAAGUUCGCUCAAGACAACCAGACUUUAAAGAAUGAAUUAAGGAAACAUUUUGUUUAA